AUGAAUAACUUAAAUUUAAAAGAAAAAAAUAUUUCCAAGACAGUAAAAAACAAUUACGAAAGAAAAAAUGUAGAGGACGUGAGGCCAAAUAUUAGCAAACCAUAUGUAGAUCUUUUUGAUGUACAAAAGAACAAUAUGGAUGAUGAUCAUUAUUUGUAUAAUUGCGAUGAUAUAAUGGAGGAAAGUAGUAGUAGAAAUAGUGAUAUAAAUAAUAAAACUAUUGAUGAGCAUUUAAAAAGUUAUAAUUAUAAUAAUUACAAGGUUGAUUCAGAAUAUAUAACUAGUAAUAAAUAUGUAAAUGGGGGAAGAAAACUAGAUCAUAAAAUGAAUAGAACAAAACUUAAUGAAGAAGCAAGUAGAAUUUUAAGAAAAGAUAAUAUCUAUAACACAUAUAUAAAUAAUAAUACAUGCUGUAGUACUAGUAACAAUAACAGCAACAGUUACAAUAACAGUUACUGUAGCUGUAAGAAUAGCAGCAACAAACAGAAUAAUGAUGUAACUAUUAACAUUGUAAGUAAGCACUACAAUAAUUUAAUUAAAAACACCAAUAAAGGAAUAGAAAACAUAAGUAGUAAUUGUGAUGCCAUCUUACAAAAACGUAACUAUGAUAGUAUAUCUGAUAUUAGCAGUGCAUUCUUAGUAAAUAAAGAAGACAGUACUCAUGACUAUAAUAAUUAUAGUUACAGUAAUUACAAUAACUACAGUGAUUACAAUGAUCAUUUUGAUCAUGUUGAUCGCAGAUUCUACAGUGGUAACAGCGAUUAUAUCAAUCAUAAGCAUCAUAACAGUCGUAAUGACAACAGUGUCUGUUAUAACGAGAGUAACAGUAAUAAAAGGGAGUGUGUUCUUUACGAAAAAGGUAAUGCAAUAAACAGCAACCUUCAUAGCAUGCAAGUAGGUAGAACGGACAUUAUAUUAAGGGAUAAUGACCUUUGCUCUAUAAGUUUACGCAAUGAUGAAGAAUUAGAAAAUGCUGUUUGUCUAGAUAUUGAUGAUAAUAAACCAAAGAGCAAUCUUAGUAAUACUCUACAAAAUAGUGAUAAAGAGGGCACGAAUAAAAGUAGAAUUAAAAUUUAUAACAUUUUCAAUAAUUUGAAUAUUAAAAAGAGCAAUAGUGCAAAUAUAGGGAUUAUAAACUUUUUAAGAAAUAAGAGGAACAAUAAAUAUACCUGUGACAGUAAAGGUGUUAGAAAUGAUAACCCAGAGAGGGGUGCCCUCAGCAGCAGAGAUAUUCACAAUACCAGUGGUAAUGCCAGCGGAAAUGUUAGCGGUAAUUCCAGCGGAAAUGUUAGCGGUAAUUCCAGCGGAAAUGUUAGCGGUAAUUCCAGCGGUAAUUCCAGCGGAAAUGUUAGCGGUAAUGCCAGCGGUAACGUCAGCGGUAACGUCAGCGGUAACGUCAGCGGUAACAACAACAGCGACCUUAAUAAUUCUAGUCAAAAUACCAUCCACCAAAUAAACAGUAGUCACAAUAGCGACACCCCAAAUUGCAGCCAUAAUGGAAGCACAAGAAACGCUACAACCAACAACUUACAUGAUAGUUCUCCUGUAUCGAAGGGAUGCAUAUACGAAAACGAAGAAGAAGAGAGUAAAAUGUUAACAGUACACAAUAUGGGUGAACUACAAUGCAUAAAAGAAAAUAGAGGGGAAAUGUUAAAGGGGGAAUUAUCAUAUAAUAACUCAAAAAUUGCAUCCAACGAAACGUUGAAAAUUUUGGAAAAGAAGGAUGGAAGUAAUAAUAACAAUUUUUAUAAAAAUGCAUCAAAUGAUUAUCUAAAAAAAAAUGAAAAUAUAGCAGAAAUAUGCAGUAUGGUGGAUUCUGUGAAAAUACAGCAAAAUAAUCCCUUCAGCAUAUAUCAUUAUGUGAAAAAGGAGCAAGCGAAGAAUGCAAGUAAUGUUGACCUGACGAGUGCUCGUAUAAAUCAUCCAAACGAGAACAACGGAAAAAGCGGUAUUAAAAAUAGCAGUAAAAAUAGCAGUAAAAACAGAAGCAAAAACAGAAGGAACCAACAGCACAACGAUAGUUACAGAAGUAAUAGCAGUAGCCAUAGCAAUCGUAAUAGUAAAAGCAAUAACAACAUUUUGACGUAUGCCAAUACGAAUAAGAAUUGCUCAAGUGUGAAUGAUGUAGUACGUAAUAUUGUUGACAAAUUUAAAAUGGAAAAAAAAAGUUUAGACAUUUUUAAAACACUGUCAGAAAUACAAAGCAUACAGAGUAGUAAUUACGAUACUUAUUCAAAAAUUUUUCUAAAAAAUGAUAUAACUAGCCAACAACAAAAAGCUGUUGUAAAAAGAAAAAAAAUAUUAAAUAAUGAUAAUAACCAUUAUUACAAAGAAGGAGUAGUAACUGAUGAGGAUUGCCAUUUUAAUAUGAAAUGGAAUGAAGAUGGUAACUCAUUAGUUAAAGAAGACAAAAAAAAUGAAAAAAUUGAAUUAAAUGAUGACUCAUCGAGUAAAUACAUUUCCACCUAUUCUGAAGCAUCUUCCACUAGUAGCACCAAACCUUUGUCGACAUCUAAAAGUAAACCUAAAGGACAUAACUUAAAAUCCUCCAUUUCACAUGGGAAAGAAAUUAAAAAUAUGAACGGCAAGAAAUUUUUUUUAAUUAAAUCAAGUUAUUUAAAGAAAUGUAAAGAAGUUAAGAAUAUGCAAAGUAACAGAAAUAGAAGUCACUCCAUAAUAGAUGGUAUAAGCUGCAUGUACGAAAAUCCGAAAAAGUACUACAAUAUAAUUAGGGGUGAUGAUAUUAGUGACUGCAAAAUUAUCAGCAGUAGUAAUAAAGUUGUCUAUAAUGAUGCUGCUACAUGCACCAGUAAUUAUAACAACCCCGAAAUAUACGCAAAGAAAAAGAACGAAAAGAAAAAUAAGAACAGGAAUAAGAUUAAUAGUAAGAGUAGUAAAAAUAGUAGGAGUAGUAAAAAUAGUAGGAGUAGUAAAAAUAGUAGGAGUAGUAAAAAUAGUAGAAGUAGUAAAAAUAGUAAGAGUAGUAAAAAUAGUAAGAGUAGUAAGAGUAGUAAAAAUAGUAAGAGUAGUAAGAGUAGUAAAAAUAGUAAUAGUAAGAAUUGUAAGAAUUAUAAGAAUAGUAUGAAAAUAAAUGAUAAUAAUAAGCUAUAUGAUACAAGUAUAAACAUGAACAGUGAUAUUAGCAUCUCUGGUAAAAAUAGUAACAGCAAUUGUAGAAACAAUUUUAUAAAUGACGACGAAGGUGAAGGAAAUGUUUUCCCAGAUAGUGACUCAUCUAAUGGUAAUUAUCAAAACAGAAAGGGUCGUAUCAGAAUCAGAAGUGGAAAUUAUUCAAACGAAUAUGACGUUUUGGAAUAUAAUAAAUAUAAGGAGGAUGUUGAAGUUAAUUGUGAUGCCAAUGGUAAUGCCGAUGGUGAUGAUGUUAAUCAUAAUAAUAGUUACAACAACUCAGAUGAAAAUUCUCUAGUAAACGGAAGCCUCGUUUCUGUGCAACACGUCAUGCAAGGAGAUAGGAAUAAAAGAAAUGAUAACGAUAUAGGUAAUAAUAGUACUACCAAAUAUAACACUUACGAAAAUUGUAAGGAUUAUUAUUGUAUAGAUAAAAAUAGUAAUACACAAAUCUGGGGGAAAUUAAAAAGUGCACAAGAUAAUGAUCAAAUUAAUACUAUGAAAAAAAAAAAUAAGGAAGUUUUGUCAAAAGAUAAACAUACAUUUAUGAAACAUGAAAUGAAUGGAUAUUAUGAGGAAAGAUGUGAUGAUAUCUCUAAAAAUAAGAAGAAAGCCAAAUACAUUGUUAUUGACGAUGAAAGUGGUAUAUGCUUAGAAAAGGGUGACAAAAUAAAUAGUAAAAAUAAUUUGUUUAGUAGUACUAAAAAAAGAUACAAUAUUAAGAGAAGUAGGAAUAAGAAUAUAUUAUGUAAAGAGAUUGACAGUAAAAGUGAAAGUAGUAGUAAUGGCGGUAGUAGUAUUAGAAGUGGUGGUAGUAGUAGCAGAAAUGGUUGCGUCACCUCUGCUAAUAAUGGAAAAUACCUGAACAUUCAAAAUGUUAGAAGUAAAUCGGUUUGUGGAAAGCCAAUUCAUGAUAAAGCUGUCUGUAUCAAAAACAACAAUGCGAGUAGCGGCAAUAACCAUAACACUUGCAGUUGUGAUAGUGAUUUGAGCUGUGGUAGUAACUUGAACUGUGAUAGAAAUGUAGAGAGCAAUAGAAACAAUGUAAAUAAUACUGUGUCAAUUUUUAAAGAACAAAUGCAAAACAGGACUAGUGAUUGCAUCACUUAUAAAAAAAAUGAAUUAAAUAUUUAUACCAGUAAUGAACUCCUUUUUAAAAGUAAUAGUUAUAGUAAUAAUAAAGUAAGAGGAAUAUAUAAUAAAAAUAAGGAAACUAAUAUUCCUAGUGUAAUGGAAAAUUUAAACGCACACGGUAAUCAUAGAAACAGUAUAAUAUAUCUCAAAGCUAAUAUAGGGAAAGGGGGAGGAAAUGAAACUAAUUGUACCAAAUAUAUUAGUAAUGAAACCCAAGGUGAUAAUAUAAUAAAAAUCGAUAAUAAGGAAAGAGCCAUUUUAAAGAACAAAAAUAUAAUAAUGAUCAACACAAACAGGAGCGACAGUAGUAGUACCUCAAGCAAUAAUAAUAGUAAAUAUAUGGGCGAGAAAAAUAACUGCUUUACCAUCCCAGUUUAUAGUAAAAAUGAGAAUAUAGUUAGCUGCAAUAUAGGAAUAAAUAAACUCAAUAAGGAAGAAGAACAGAAACGUAGAGGGUUGUGCGCAAACGGAAAUGUACCCUUUUUAAAUAAAAAAGAAAUAUAUAUAGCAGUGAAUAAAAGAAAAUUAAAAGAAAAAAAUAUGGUCCAAAGGGACUCCUAUAUAAAUAGUGCACAUGUAAGGAACCCAGGAAGCGUUGCAAAUUAUAGGGGAUGUUUGUCAAGAAGUUGCAGUGGUAACAAUCAUGGAAGUAGCAAUGUAGGUAGCAUCCAUCGAGGUAGCAGCAAUCCAGGUAGCAGUAAACGAGGUAGUAGCAAUUCAGGUAGCAGCAAUCCAGAUAGCAGCAAUCGAGGAAGUAUCCUUCGAAGUAAUAAUUCCUUUUACGUGCAAACUUCGAAAAAAAGAAAAAAAAAAAAAAAAAGCGAGAAGCAAAUGAGCAAAAAUUGUCAAGAUUUUUCGUACAUCCCCAAAUCCACGUGUCGCACACUUGGAAACGUUUUUAAAAAUGGGAAUAUGAAAACUAGAGAUACUCAUUUGAAAUAUAUUACUCCAUUAAAUAAUGUAAAAAGUGAAAAAUUAAAUGUAAACAUUUUGAAAGAAGGAAAGGAACAUACAAAUGAGAGCAGAGAAUAUGAAUGUAAUAAUAUGGAGAUGGAAAGUGCAUUAACCGAAGAAGGAACAAUUACUGAUAAAAAAAUUAUAAAAAAAAAAAAGGAAGAACAAAGGAUUAUAAAGAACAUAAAUUAUUCUAGUAACCAACAAAAAGUGGAUAACAAGGACGAAACGUUGAUCUUUAUUGAAAAUGGCAAAAUGGUAAAUACAUUUCAUAAAAAUUUAAAGUGUUCAAAUAAUAAUAUUCAAAAUGUGAAACAGGUAAGCAGCGAGGAUAUGUGCAAAUAUGUGGAGCUACAAGAUCAUAGUAGAAAGACAAAAAAUGAUAAUAACAAAGGUAUCAACAUGGCGAAUGGUGAUAUCACAUAUAAUAAUGCUUGUGAAAAGGAGUCUUUCCUUUUCUAUAAGGAUAAUUUAAGCAUUGAGCAAGAUAAAAAGCUAGGUAGAAUAAAUUCAAAUAAACCAAAAAAAAAUAAGGAAAAAUUAAAUUUAAAUAUAAAUUUUAAAAAAGACGAAUCGAUUGCCUAUCAAAAUAAUAUUAAUAAAACAGGAAAUUAUAAAAUAUAUGAUGCUAAAAAAUACAGUGCUAAUAAUAAUUUUUUUUCAAAACAAGUGCACGAUAAUUGUGAAGAGAACAUUACUAAUACGUUCAGUUCACAAGAAAAGGAAGUAGUAAAUAUGAACAAUAGAAAAGAUAUAAUUCCAAAAUCUCAUGAAUUAACUGACAAGGGAUCAUCUAUUACAAUAAAAUACAUGAAAAGAUAUGCAAAGGAAGCAAAGAAGAAAAGUAAUACACAUGGAAAUAAUGUUCUAAAUAAAGAACUUCAAAAAAAAACAGCUUUUAUUUAUGAAAGAUUAGGAGACUGUAAAAUUGUACGAAAUAAACUUUCUUUACCACAAAAUUUUAUUCCCAAAUAUGCUCAAAAGAAUAUAGAUAAAAAUCCUUUUUACUUAUAUUCAUCUAAGAGAAAUGAAAAUAUAAAUUUAGGACUAAAUAUAUAUCAAACCUCGCCGAUUUUAAACAACAAAAUAGAAGCAGGUGGAAAAAAAAUAGUCAACAAUGUAUCACUAUAUAGUAGUACAGAAGAUGAAAACAAAAGGAAGAAUAUCAUUAAUACUUGUUUUCCUUUUAGUAAGAAAAAUAAAAAUAAUUUUAUCAUAUUUACCCCAAGUUUAUACUCGUGUACGAAUCAUUCGGACAAAUGUAAAAGCGACGGAGAGCUAACGAGUAUUAUGAAAAAGGAAACAAAAGGGAAAAACAUUUUAAAUGAAUGCAGAGGUAAUUAUAGGAUUGAUAAAAAACAUAGUUGUAAGAGCACUUCAAUUCAAAGCUACUCCUUUCCAGAAGACAUCAUAACAAACAGUGUUCAUAUUGAGAAAAAUAUAGAAAUACAAAAUAACACCGCAACAAUGAGUUCUAUGACGAAAGGGACUACACAUUGUAGCGACGUUUUCUUUUCACUGAAUGGGGGAAAUAAUUUUUGCAGUAGUAAAAAUAAGAAUAAUAAACGUAGUGGGAAUAGCUGUGGUAUCAAUGCCACCAUAAAUAAUAUGCGUGUUAAUAGUGUCAAUAAGGAAGAAGGUAAAAGAAGUAAUAUGCCUAUGAAAAAUUUUGUUGUAUCUGACGAACUAGGCGCUGAUUCAUCACUCCUAAGUGAAGUGCUACUAAUAAAUAGGGAAAACGUGAAUAAUUUGAAUAGUGUAAACAGCAUGAAUAGCUGGAACAGUUUGAAUAGCAUGAAUAAUAUGAACAAUUUGAAUAACAUGAAUAAUAUGAACAGCCUGAACAGAAUGAAUAAUAUGAACAGCCUGAACAGAAUGAAUAAUAUGAACAUCCUGAACAGCUUGAAUAGUAUGAAUAGUCUGAACAGCUAUAACAGUUCGAAUAAUGCAAUUAACGGAGGGGGGAAAUCAAAUUUUAGCAAUUAUCUUUCUGUGGACCUUUAUGACAUACUCAAGAAUUACAAGGAAAAAUCAGACAAAUAUCUAAAUAAGAAAUACAUAAAUGAUUUAGAUAGAAUUAGUCAACUCAUUCAGCAAUUUAUGAACACAUAUUCUUGCAGUGAAAAUUUAAAAUCAAUUUUUCAACUUCUGAAGUAUGAAAUUGACAAAAUUAAGAGAGAAAGUUCAUAUUUUUGUAACGAUAAAAAAUAUGUGGUUUUUACUAUACCCAUAAAUGAUGUAGAGGGAAAAAAUUAUGAUAAUUAUAAUAUUAGUACUCAACAGAAAGACCCUAUAUAUGAAUAUAACUUUGAUAAUCGUAUUGUGGAAAAUGUAGAUAAUAAUAUGCCAAAGGAUGGAUGUACCAAUUUUAUUGGAAAUAUAGUAAUAUCGGAUUUAAAAAAGGUAUGUAAGUUAGUUAAAAAUUGUAAUAGUGCAAAUUAUAACAAUAAUAUUAGUAAUAGUGUUAGAAGUGACGUUAGUAAUUGUAAUAUUAAUGGUAAUAUUAACACUGAUAGUAAUAGUGAUAGCAGUAGCGAUAGCAAUAAUAAUGAUGGAUGUUCAAGGAAAGAUAGUAAAAGAAUGUAUAGGAGUAUAUGUAUGAAAACACCAUAUACCUGUUUUCUUAAAAGUAUUUAUAGUAAGGAGAUGAAGCUCAACCGUUCCAUCAUGAACCUCACGAAAACAGAUAAACAAAAUAAAUAUUGGAUAAAAAAAAAAAAAUUAAAUAACAAUAUUAAUGAAAGUUUCUUAUCAAAAAUGAACAUAUUUAUUAUAAAGCAUAAUAAUCAUGUGUAUAAAUUUAAGUUAAAUAAUAAUUUCCUUUUAAAAAAUAACCUUUUAAAUAAUUAUACGAAUAAUAAUAGUAACAGUAAUAGUAACAGUAAUAGUAAUACUAAUAAUAAUGCUAAUAAUAAUAGCAAUAAUAAAAAGAAAGGAAAAAUUGUUAAUUUUGACUUCUUAUAUAAUAACAUAUUUCUCAAAAAUUGUAAUAGAGGCAAAGUUGUUCUCAACGAAUUGGCAUUAACUUAUGCACAUUGUAUGGAUGGAAAUACGGACAAUCAACUAUGCGAUCAUAAUAGUAAAGAUAUACUUAAUUCUCCAUAUGGCAAAAGUAUUGAUAUGAACAUGUACAACAUCGUACAUAAUGAUGCACAUGAGAAUAUAGAUGACCUAUUUUUUUCAGAUGAUGAAGUGAAUCUUAUAUAUAUGUAUAAUAAUCAUCUUAAUGAGAAGGUAUACAGUUUAGAAAAACUAGAUUUAACAAAAAAUGAAAAUUCUGUAUCGUUCCCACGUAAUGAUAGUUCCAUAGCGCAGGAAUAUACUUUAAAAAAAGAGGAAAAAAAAUUGAAAAAUAAUAAUAAUAAUAAAAUAAAUAAUAAAGAAGAAAUAACAGAUAAGAAAUUACAAAUGGCAAUUAACAGGUAA